UAGCCUCUCCCCCAAUCCCCUCACAGUACCCCUCCCUAGCCUCUCCCCCAAUCCCCUCACAGUACCCCUCCCUAGCCUCUCCCCCAAUCCCCUCACAGUACCCCUCCCUAGCCUCUCUCCCAAUCCCCUCACAGUACCCCUCCCUAGCCUCUCCCCCAAUCCCCUCACAGUACCCCUCCCUAGCCUCUCCACCAAUCCCCCCACAGUACCCCUCCCUAUCCUCUCCACCAAACCCCUCACUGUACCCCUCCCUAGCCUCUCCACCAAUCCCCUCACAGUACCUCUCCCUAUCCUCUCUCCCUCGCCUGUUUCACCAGCCAGACACCCCCAUCAGGUGGGGGAGGGAGGGAGAAAGCCCUCUCCUGUUUCACCAGCCAGACACCCCCAGCAGGUGGGGGAGGGAGGGAGAAAGCCCUCUCCUGUUUCACCAGCCAGACACCCCCAGCAGAUGGGGGAGGGAGGGAGAAAGCCCUCCCCUGUUUCGUCCUCUUCCUCCUCCUCUUCCUUCUCAGUUGAACAAUAUGACCACUCUUCCUCUUCUGAUCAAUGCGUGCCCACCCUCCCCCCUAAAGUCUACGUGGUGGGGGCGGGCCCUAAAGAGCCUCGCGGCCCUGCUCCAAUCCCACGUCAACCUCCUGUUUUGCCCCCCAGAACCACACAUAGCGAUGCUCCAGUCAAUGAGCCGCACACAGAGCGAACUCCACCCCCCCUGCCUCGGACCAGGGUACACAACACACCAGUCGACACGCAGCCUGCUCUGCCCAUGAGAAGAAUCCCACAGCCACCGCCUGAAAUCAGGUCAGAUUUUGGUGACAGUUCAGAUGACUCUGAAGAUCCAGACCAAGUUUACCCCAAGCCCCAGUCUGUGAACAUGGCAGACAGGGAUGUGUUCCUGCCGGUGCCGGGGUGGGGGAAGGGGCGGUACAGCUCUCUCUGCAGCGACGAUGAACUAUUGGACGAUGACAACGAGCCAAUCAGCAACCGUCAGAGCUCAUGGCAGGACUAUGGUCUGAGUACGCUACAGGAGAGUGUCUACCUGCCGGUCACAGGCAGGGUCCUAGCCCAGCCCCCUAGAGAUGGCCCCUCCCCUGUUCUAAAGAUGGGCUGGCUGGAUAAGAACCCACCGCAGGGGUCUCUGUACUACCAGAGGAGAUGGGUGAAGCUGGAUGUUGACUACCUGAGAUACUUUGACAACGACAAGGAGGUAUACUCUAAGAGGAUCAUACCAACGGCUGCCAUUACAGGGGUGACCAACGUGGGGGAGCAGAAGUUUGAGGUGGUCACAACCAACCGGACCUUUCUCUUCAGAGCCGAGAGCGACUUUGAGAGGAAUGAGUGGGUGUCAGUUCUGCAGAACUUUACCAAGGGGGGCCAGGAGGGCAGCAGGGAGAUUACUUCAUCGGCCCCACACUCCUUGAUGACCCCUGGUUCACCCCUGACCCCUGAACAGCAGGGCUACCUGGAGCUGAGGGGCCUGCGCUCCAAGCUCUACACAGUCGUCUCCGGAGACAAGGUCUUCCUCUACAAGAACAUGGAGGACUACCGUCUUGGCAUCGGCAUCACGUCUAUCGACAUGAACGUAGGAAACGUGAAAGACACUGACCGCCGCAGCUUUGAUCUGACAACACCCUACCGCAUCUUCAGUUUUCUAGCGGAUUCAGAACAACAUAAAGACCAGUGGGUAGAAGCGAUGCGUGAAGCGAUUGGAGAGGCUCUGUCCAAUAGCGAGGUGGCUAAUCAAAUCUGGGCGGAGCCUAGCAAUGGUUGCUGUGCCGACUGUGGCGCCGCCAAACCUGAGUGGGCUGCCAUCAACCUGUGUGUGGUGGUCUGCAAACGCUGUGCAGGAGAGCACCGUGGUUUGGGCCCCAGCAUCUCUAAGGUGCGCAGUCUGAAGAUGGACAGGAGGGUGUGGACAGAGGAGCUUAUACAGGUGUUCCUGUUGCUAGGUAAUGAGCGUCUGAACAGAUUUUGGGCGGCGAACGUCCCUCCCAGCGAGGCGCUGAGUCCGACCAGUUGUAGCGAAGACCGCCGACGAUUCGUCAGCUCCAAAUACAGACAGGGAAAAUACCGCAAAUAUCACCCCCUCUACGGCAACCAGGAAGAGCUUAACAACGCGCUGUGUAUAAACGUGCAGUGCAGUGAUGUCCUGGAGACCUUAUGUCUGGUGUUCUGUGGAGCUGAUGUGAACUGUUCUACUGGCCAGGCUGACUGUCCCUCCCCUCUCUCCCUGGCACUCGCCCACAACCAGAAACUACAGGCCCAGUUCCUCUCACACAAUCUCAACACAGUGUGUUGUUGUGUGUCUGCAGAGCUGCCUCGGUCGGAGGUGACUGGGGUCAUGGAGCCUCAACACUAUUCACCACAGCACCCCGUCACGCACAAUGGCUUCCUUUUCAAGACUGCCUCCAUGGCCCGGCCUAUCACGGAGCGUAAGGCCAGGGAGGAGUUCAGUCGUCGCUGGUGUAUGUUGAAUGAUGGGAACUUUAGUUACUAUGAGAGUGACAAGAACUCCACGCCCAACGGAACCCUGAAGUCUACAGAGAUAGUCUGUCUGGCUGUCAACACACCAGAGAGACAUGGCUAUGACCAUACAUUUGAGCUGUACUCAUACUCUGAGCGUAUCUAUCUCUUUGGCACUGAUGACCCAGACAGCCACAGGGAGUGGGUUAAAUCCAUCACCAAGACGUUUAUUCCAUCCAAUGCAGAGGGCCUAUUGAGGCUGGCUUUUGAAAGGAUUGGCCGGCUGCGGUAUAAAGACGGGCUGAAUCUACAGAGCCCUCGGGUUGGCUGGUUCGCUCUGGUCGGCUCCUCCCUCCAUGCCUACCUAGAGGACAGUGUGGAAGAGGAGGAGAUACACCUACGCAAACUACAGGAGCUCUCGAUCCAGCAGGAGAAUGAGGUGCUGGUUCUGGUGGAGAGAGGCAGGACUCUGUACAUCGAGGGGGAGAGGAAGCUUGACUUCCAGGGUUGGUGUGUGUCCAUGCAGAGAGCAGCAGGCAGUGCAGGGGACUCUCUUAGUCAGCAGCAACUAACUGAGACCGACAUCCCUGUUAUAGUGGAUCGCUGCAUUGACUACAUCACACAAUGUGGUCUGACGUCCGAGGGUAUCUACCGUAAGAGCGGUGUGAACAGUCGUGUGGCGGGGCUGUGCGAGGCAUUUCGGCGUGAUGCCCGUAGCGUGCGUCUGAAGGAGGGUGAGCACCAGGUGGACGACGUGUCUAACACACUGAAACGCUUCUUCAGAGAGUCUGGAGAGGGACUGUUCACCAUACAGGCUGCUAGCGCAUGGCUCAGCACACCUGUGAUCCCAGAGGAGAGCAGAAAGAUCUGUCAGUACCAGCUGCUGCUGAGCCAGCUGCCCAGAGUCAACAAGGCCACGCUACGAGCCCUGGUCAACCACCUCUACUGUGUGCAGCGGUUUGCAGAGCUGAACCAGAUGAAUCUCCAUAACCUGGCUAUAGUAUUUGGCCCAACACUGUUCCAGAGCGACGGGAAGGACUACACAGCUGGCCUCGUCAUAGAGGAACUCAUAGAGCACUACACUGACGUCUUUGAGGUGGAUGAGCUGCAGCUGAAAAGACAGCUGGAUGAGAUCACGGCCAUCAUUAAAGUCAGAGAGAAGUUGAACCACAACUCCAGCGUCCCUGCGUCGGGGUCAGCAGGUGACUUCAUCUGUACAGUGUACCUGGAGGAGAAGAAGGAGACGACAGAGCAGCAUGUCAAGAUCCCUGGUUCUAUGACGGCAGCAGAGCUGACCUGUGAGAUUCUGGACCGGCGGAAGAUCCAGGUCAGAGAGAAAGACUACUGGAGCUGCUGGGAGGUCAGCCAGAAGGAGGAGACUGGUGAGUGGACAGAGAGAAAGACUACUGGAGCUGCUGGGAGGUCAGCCAGAAGGAGGAGACUGGUGAGUGGAGAGAGAGAUGAGAGGUCAGUCAGGAGGAGGAGAGCGGUGAGUGGACAGAGAGAUGAGAGGUCAGCCAGAAGGAGGAGACGGGUGAGUGGACAGAGAGAUGAGAGGUCAGCCAGAAGGAGGAGACUGGUGAGUGGACAGAGAGAUGAGAGGUCAGCCAGAAGGAGGAGAUGGGUGAGUGGAGAGAGAGAUGAGAGGUCAUUCAGGAGGAGGAGAGCGGUGAGUGGACAGAGAGAUGAGAGGUCAGCCAGAAGGAGGAGACUGGUGAGUGGAGAGAGAGAUGAGAGGUCAGUCAGGAGGAGGAGAGCGGUGAGUGGACAGAGAGAUGAGAGGUCAGCCAGAAGGAGGAGACGGGUGAGUGGACAGAGAGAUGAGAGGUCAGCCAGAAGGAGGAGACUGGUGAGUGGACAGAGAGAUGAGAGGUCAGCCAGAAGGAGGAGAUGGGUGAGUGGACAGAGAGAUGAGAGGUCAGUCAGAAGGAGGAGACUGGUGAGUGGACAGAGAGAUGAGAGGUCAGCCAGAAGGAGGAGAUGGGUGAGUGGACAGAGAGAUGAGAGGUCAGCCAGAAGGAGGAGAUGGGUGAGUGGACAGAGAGAUGAGAGGUCAGCCAGAAGGAGGAGACUGGUGAGUGGAGAGAGAGAUGAGAGGUCAGCCAGAAGGAGGAGAUGGGUGAGUGGAGAGAGAGAUGAGAGGUCAGCCAGAAGGAGGAGAUGGGUGAGUGGAGAGAGAGAUGAGAGGUCAGCCAGAAGGAGGAGAUGGGUGAGUGGACAGAGAGAUGAGAGGUCAGCCAGAAGGAGGAGAUGGGUGAGUGAACAGAGAGAUGAGAGGUCAGCCAGAAGGAGGAGAUGGGUGAGUGGACAGAGAGAUGAGAGGUCAGUCAGAAGGAGGAGAUGGGUGAGUGGAGAGAGAGAUGAGAGGUCAGCCAGAAGGAGGAGAUGGGUGAGUGGACAGAGAGAUGAGAGGUCAGCCAGAAGGAGGAGAUGGGUGAGUGGACAGAGAGAUGAGAGGUCAGCCAGAAGGAGGAAAGGGGUGAGUGGACAGAGAGAUGAGAGGUCAGUCAGAAGGAGGAGAUGGGUGAGUGGAGAGAGAGAUGAGAGGUCAGCCAGAAGGAGGAAAGGGGUGAGUGGACAGAGAGAUGAGAGGUCAGCCAGAAGGAGGAGAUGGGUGAGUGGAGAGAGAGAUGAGAGGUCAGCCAGAAGGAGGAGAUGGGUGAGUGGAGAGAGAGAUGAGAGGUCAGCCAGAAGGAGGAGAUGGGUGAGUGGACAGAGAGAUGAGAGGUCAGCCAGAAGGAGGAAAGGGGUGAGUGGACAGAGAGAUGAGAGGUCAGUCAGAAGGAGGAGAUGGGUGAGUGGAGAGAGAGAUGAGAGGUCAGUCCUAAUAUUGAGUUGCACCCCCCUUUUGCCCUCGGAACAGCCUCAAUUCAUCAGGACAUGGACUCUACAAAGUGUCACGUUUUUUCCAAUGCUUCCCACAGUUGUGUCAAGUUGGCUGGAUGUCCUUUGGGUGGUGGACCAUUCUUGAUACACACAGGAAAUUGUUGAGCGUGAAAAACCCAGCAGCAUUGCAGUUCUUGACACAAACAGGUGCACCUGGAACCUACUACCAUACCCCGUUUAAAGGCACUUACAUCUUGUAUCUUGCCCACUGACCCUCUGAAUGACACCUCACCUGUCACCUCCCCUUCAUCUACACUGAUUGAGUGACAUCAAUAAGGGAUCAUAGCUUUCAGCUGGAUUCACCUGGUCAGUCUGUCAUGGAAAGAGCAGGUGUUCUUAAUGUUGUGUGUGUGUGUGUGUGUGUGUGUGUGUGUGUGUGUGUGUGUGUGUGUGUGUGUGUGUGUGUGUGUGUGUGUGUGUGUGUGUGUGUGUGUGUGUGUGUGUGUGUGUGUGUGUGUGUGUGUGUGUGUGUGUGUGUGUGUGUGUGUGUGAGAGAGAGAG